AUGAUGAAACCAAUAAUCAAAAUGACAUGGGUGAAAAUAUUCAUGAAGUUAAUAAAGACAUUAAAAAUAUUCAUAAAGUUAAUAAAGACAUUAAAAAUAUUCAUGAAGUUAAUAAAGGCAUUGAAUAUAUAAUGAUAUUAACAACGAACACAAUUAUUAAAUGCAAAGACCUUCGAGUCUUGAAUCCUACUAUUUCUAAAACGAAUUUAUGGCAAUAG